AUGGCAGCGAAUCAGGGAUCUCCUGUUUUGAGCAGGAGGGACAGACGGCCGCCCCCCCCCCGCAGGACAGACAGCCGCUGCCUGCACGACGUGCACACCCUACACCAGCUCCUGGACCAGGAGGAGGAAGAGGAAGAGGAGCAGCUCCUGGAUUCCUAUUGCACCCCAGGCAAAGUGCGGCCCCAAAUCCCCCCUUUUUUAUGCCCAAUUUGGGGUGUUUUUGGGGCUCUGACCCUUAUGGGAUGUGACUCUGUGGGGUUUUGGGGUGUAAUUUCCCCCUUUUUGGGGUGUUUUUGGGGUUUUUUAGUGCUGUUCUGGAGGAUGGAGGAGCUGGGAGACGCUCUCAAGGCCCAGCACAACAUCGAGGAGUUCGGGUCCCUGCUGAUCCCAGCACAGGACCCCAUGGCGGUGCUGGGGCUCAUUGGCUGUGACAGCAAUGGGAGGCUGAAUGCGCUGUCCGUGGUGCUGGAGGGGGAUCGGGACCGUUCGGCCGGGGCCCAAAUCCCGCUGGACCUGUCGGGACUCAGCGACUUCUCCCUGUUCCCGGGGCAGGUUGUGGUGGUGGAGGGGAACAACAGCACCGGGAAGAGGAUGGUGGUAACAAGGGUCUAUGAGUUUGGGCCUUUCCUGGACACCAAACACGAACAAGUUGAGAGCUGCCGGUUGUUGCUGCCCUUUGCUGAGGUGUUCAGGCUGUGUGUGAGGACCUUGGUGGAGGGGACACGGAGCGCUGGCUCCCACCUGGUCUUCAUCCCGUCCCACCGUGACGCCCACCAUCACUUUGUGUACCCACAGCCCCCAUUCGUCUGCCCCGAGCUCCCUAAAGAGGACAAAGCGCGUGUUCACUUCAUGCCGGACCCCUGCACCCUAGAGAUCAAUGGGGCGGUGCUGGGUCUCACCUCCACCGACGUCCUUUUCCACCUGGGCACGGAGGAGAUCAGCAGAUCCUCUGGGACCUCGGAUCGAUUCAGCAGGAUCCUGCAGCACAUCCUGACCCAGCGCAGGUGGCUCCAAUGGACCCAAAAAGGGGCUUUUUUUGGGGUGAAAUGAGGGGAUUUGGUCAUUUUGGGGGGGUUUGGGGGCCAUUUAGGGGCAGAAUUAAAGGGGUUUUAGGGCUGUUUUGGGUUAAAAAUGGCCAUUUUUGGGGUCUGGGGACAACUUAGGUGCAGAAUUAAAGGGGUUUUAGGGCUGUUUUGGGUUAAAAAAGGCCAUUUUGGGGUCUGAGGAUACUUUGGGUGCAGAAUUAAAGGGGUUUUAGGGCUGUUUUGGGUUGAAAAUGGCCAUUUUUGGGGUCUGGGGACAAUUUAGGUUCAGAAUUAAUGGGGUUUUAGGGCUGUUUUGGGU